UAAUAAUUUUCUUUGUAAUUUCAAAAAUAGAUUAUAUCUAUCUUUGGUAAUUUAGAUACAAUCUAAAUAAAUCUCGACGUGUUAUGGACGACAAUGCAACUGAUUUCACUAAAAACGUUUUAUAUAUGUUGCAGACAUCUAGCAGGGAUAUAAGUUCUACAUCGGACUUCGUGAUGCCGGUGGAAGAGACCAUCGGGCAGAAAAGACCUUACCCUGGUCUGCGAUAUGGCGCCCCUCCCGCUAAACGCACGCCCACCAUUCGCCUCGGGGCUGGCUUCAAAUGGAACCUGCAGGCACUCGCCCAAGCAGCCAACGCGGUGGAAACCGGCGGCCGGUCGCCUGUGUCAGCCCUAAACGAACUAGGGGUCAAGGUCACGUACAGCGUGCUACGACAAGGCGGGCCCGCGCAUUGUCCAAGCUUUACUGUGGUUGUUACGGUGGCGGACAUGACAUUCGAAGGCUGGGGUCACAGCAAGCGCGAGGCGCGUGCCUCGGCCGCCCGCGCCUGCCUCGCGGCGCUGCUCGCCCGCGCCGGCCGGGUGCUGCCCGAGGCGGAGCCGGGGGACUUCACUAGCGACGAGCCACGACACCCACCGUCAGAUUUCCAGUGCCUGGAGGCGCAAGCGAAGCAGGUUGAAGUUGAGGUGAAGCCGGCCACCCCGCCAGCCCCCCCUCCGCCCCCCACGGCGGCCACCGCCCUCUUCGGCGCCUCCGCAGUCUCCGCGGCCCACAAGAGCCCCAUCAACUCCCUCUACGAGACAUGUCCCGGUCUGACCUUCCACUGCACCUACGGAGAUGGGUCCUCACUCGAUCAACCCAACGCUCCUCUUCAACUCAGCCACAGCAUGCGUUUCAAAGUCGUCUGCCAGAUCAAGGAUCAGACUUUUGAAGGAUAUGGUACAAGUAAGAAAUUAGCGAAGCUCGCCGCCGCUAGGGCUGCGCUGGCGGUCCUGGACGAGGACAAGGCCCCCGCGGGCGCCGGCGCCGGCGCCGCCGAGCCGGGCUGCCUGCCGCAACCGAGAGCGGAUACCAUUGGAAAGUUGGUGAAUGAGAAAUUCCACGAAAUCAUGAAGGGCGACCUGGUGCACUCCAAGAGAAAAGUCUUAGCUGGCAUCGUCAUGACUAUCGACAACAGACCCAACGACUCCAAGGUGAUAGCAGUUACCACAGGCACAAAGUGUGUGUCCGGCGAACACAUGUCGGUACGAGGACGAGCCAUGAAUGAUUGCCAUGCUGAGGUGGCAGCGCGACGGUGCUUACAGCGACAUCUGUACGCGCAACUCCUUAUGUACGCGGAGAGUAAAGAUCCAACAAUCCCAAUACCGGAUUCGGACCUCGAGCCGGUCCCGGGCGGCGGCUACCAGCUAAAACCGGACCGGCAGCUACAUCUGUACGUGAGCACGGCGCCGUGCGGCGACGGACGCAUCUUCAGCCCGCACGAGCAGCCGGACCCGACGCCGGACCGGCACCCGAACAGAUUGGCGCGUGGUCAGCUCAGGACCAAGAUCGAGUCGGGAGAGGGCACUAUUCCGGUGAAAAAUUGCAGCAACAUCAUACAGACCUGGGAUGGAGUAAUGCAGGGCGAGCGUCUCCUGACGAUGUCUUGCUCCGACAAAGUGUGCCGGUGGUGCGUCGUGGGCAUGCAGGGGGCGCUACUAUCGCGCCUCAUCCGACCUGUCUAUCUGCGAUCCCUGGUCCUAGGUUCUCUGUUGCACCCACAUCAUAUGUAUCGCGCCAUCUGUGGCCGCAUAGAAUCACAUCUCCAAUCGCUGCCGCCUCCCUUCCGCCUGCAGCGCCCUUUACUGGCGCGAGCGGCCAGCACCGAAGCCCGGACUCCUGCCCGAGCGCCUUCUUUCAGCGUGUGCUGGUGUUCAACGUCCCCACUCCCCGAGGUAGUGAACGCGACGACUGGCAAAUUGGAAAGCGGACAGCCGUCCCUUUUGUGCAAGCAGAGCAUGUUCGCGCGCUGGCAGUAUCUUGUCAAACGGUUACCUCUGCUGCCACAGGACCCGAACGGCGCGGACCCCACGCCGCUGCCCCCUGAUGUGGACCAGCUGUUGUAUAAUGAAGCCAAGCAAUUGUGUCCCGCUUAUCAGGUGGCAAAGGAGCGUCUAAUUGAAGCCUUCGACAAGGCCAAGCUCGGUCGCUGGAUCAAGAAGCCGAUAGAACAGGACCAGUUCGUGUGCGAGAUCCGCGACGCAGCGCCCGACGCCCUGUUCGCCUAGACCGGCGCUUCCCAAGGUAGCGCCGUGCAGCCGAGGGGGGGUCAGCUGGUAGUUAUCACAGAGGGGGAUGUAAACGGUCAAGGUAGUGAAUUAAAUGAGGCAGGUAAGGACGAAGACGGUUUAGGUAGUGACAAAAAUGGUAUAGGCAGGACUGGAAAUGAUGUAGGUAGAUGUAGAAAUGAUGCAGGUAGCGAUAAAAAUGAUGUUGGUAGGAGUGGAAAUAAUGGAGGAAGGAACAACGACCAAGGUAGGAAAAGAAAUGAUUUUGGUAGAGACGGGAUUGAUGUAGGUAGACGAAACGUUCAAGUAGGAAUGUAACUGUUAAAAGUUACAUAAAUAAUGAAUGGGAUAUAAAUGGUCAAGGCAGGGAGAGAAAUUAUCUACGUGGAAUUGCAAUUAAUCCAAGUACAUCAAAUCAAGCUAGGUGUUAUUUAGAAAGAAGAAAUAAUAAAGAAGUUAUUUGGGUUGAAAAUGAAAAUGAAAGAAGUGCAUGCUUUUACACAGAGGGCGAGGACGAUUGUCGUAAGGUUAAAAGUGGUCUUAUAGAUGAA